AUGUCACAGAACCACUUAUCACAAAUUGGAAGAACAAUUUCAGAGUCAGAAUUAGAAUCAAAAUAUAUUUUAAAGAAAGAUGCGAAUAAGAUAUUCGAAGAGUUCAUUAGGAAAAAAACCAAUUAUAGAAAACAUAUGGAAGAGAAGGAAAUAGAUUUGAAUCGAACUAAGCUGAAUACUGGUCGCAACGGAUAUUCGGUCAGCGCCAGAUGGUCAGUUAUCAAAUUAAGUAAUCCCACGAAAUCAUUUAAAGUAGGAGAAAGACUACGACUAACUGUUUAUUUGAAAGAUAAACUUCGACGGAGAAUUAAUCGGGGCGGGGAUGUUCUGAGAAUAUGGAUGAAAGAGACAUCAAUAGGCGCAAACGUCAACGGUGCUGUCAUUGAUAACGGCGAUGGUACGUACACCGGCGAGGUGCUCUUACCCUGGGCAGGCAGGCCAUCUAUCUACGUGGCUCUAAGUCACAACAGAGAGGACAUCCAAUCUGUAACAAACGCAAUCGACAAAUAUGGCGUCCUCAACAAGAUGUAUGCCCUGUUUCAGAGUAAGGACAAGACUGUUAAAGAAAGCGUUCCUUGUGGACCGUUGCCUUUGUUUGCGUUGGACGAGGAAAGGAUGUGCAAUCUUACCCGUUAUAACUAUGGUUAUAAAUGGUUUAGUGCAAAACCGUCUUCUGUGAAUCUCUUUUGUUCCGACUGGACAGCUAUUAGGGGUACAAACAACAUCACUGUUCCGGAUCACGUGGCAAACAGAAUCAGAUAUACACAACACCAGCACAUUGGUAAAGAUAUACAGAUCACUGUCGAUGGAGAACCAGGCGAAGUGAUGAAAACCAAGACAAAUCUAUGUUCCCGUCGCCCGAGAGAAAACUCCUGGUUGGAACCAACUCCAUCCGGAUUCCACUACCAAAGCAAUUGGACGAUUACCUCCUGUCGGAGUAACCUGACGCGAACGGUUAGGAACUACCAUAAAUGUCUCGCGGGGCGCCAUCUACUGCUAAUGGGUGAUUCUAACACUAGAGGGUUCAUACGUUUGCUUGUUCCCAUGCUCAAAAUGACUUUUCGAACAAGACCUAUGCCAGUAUCCUCUUGGCACGAAUUUACUUACGCUGAAAAUCAGUAUAAUAAUUCAUUGUCGUGGUAUCCUCACGAAUCUCCAUUCUUCGCAAAUUUCUUUGUGCCUAAGUAUAAGCUACAACCAGUUUCAAAACAUUUGGACGAAAUAGGUGCCAAGAAUAACAGCGUGAUUCUUAUACACCUAUGGGGACAUUUCAUGAGAAUACCAUACGACGUGUUUCGAUUACAUGUUCGUAAAAUCCGAGAAUCAGUGGAUCAACUGCUUAUCAGAUCCCCGGAUGUAGACAUUGUAAUUAAGGGUCCACAUGCGAUGACGUACUUCGACUGGAUUGCUCCAGUGGACUCGAUAUGGCGGAAACACAAACGGAUUUGGUUUGAGGAGUUUAAAGGACUUCAUGGCAAGGUUUUGUUUCUUAACUUUUGGGAUAUGACAGUUGGGACAGAGAAUGUUGACAUCCAUCCUUCCGAGCCAGUGAUCUGGAGUCAAAUACAUAUGUUUAUGCAACUAUUGUGUCAAAAUACCUAUAGGUGA